AUGGCCUCGAGACUCGUACCCAGACGUGUCGAGGGCACGAGACCAGGUGAACACCAAUCGGAUUCGGGACGCCAAGCCCAGGAUACACGUGCCUCAUGGCAAAUGGAGACAAAUAGCCGUGCCACCGAGAACCUUGAGCUCGUUACGACCAGUGCAGGAUCACCGGAAGGCUGCUCCACUCCAGUUCGGCUCGUCUUUUCGCAACUACAUCUGCCGUCUGGAUGCCCUCCUCUUAGAACAGGCCUGCUUCAGGAUAACCGGUUUGUCUCUCUUGUGGCCUCACCUUUCUCCUCGAUAAUCCCUAUAGAUCCAAUCAUGCUCACGGGUAGUCACUCCUGGGUCCCUACCCAGCAGCGUCCUCCCUCCACCGCUGGCUGGAAAACAUUCGAUGCGCGCGACAAGCCCUCUCUCACGAGCAGCAAAAGCUGGCUGGCCAGCUUUUCUGGCGCGGACAAUGCCCACCCCUAUAACACCAGCGAGAAACACCCCUGGGAGAGCGCAGACUCCUUGCAUGACCCCGCCAUGCGCCUUCGGAACAUGAAACGCUCUCUCUUGCGCAGAAUGUCGUCCAUAUCCAAUGGUGGAGUAUCUACACCCAGUGCUUUCAUCAGGCAGACAGCGCCCAUCGCGCCAUCAUCGUCUGCAUCUACGCUCCGUUUCGCCCUUCUCUGUGCUCUUUGGUAUACCACGUCAGCCCUCUCCUCCAAUACCGGCAAAACCAUCAUGAUGCAAUUCCGCUACCCAAUCACCCUCACAUUUGUGCAGUUUGCUUUUGUGGCCGGAUAUUGCUUGUUCUUCAUGAGUCCUAUCAUCCGCUUUUCGAAGUUCAAGUCCCCAACGAAGGCAAUCUUUCAGAGUACGCUUCCUAUGGGGCUAUUUCAAGUCGGAGGGCAUAUCUUUUCGAGCAUGGCCAUCUCGCGGAUACCUGUCAGCACCGUUCACACCAUUAAGGCGCUUUCUCCGUUGUUCACAGUUGCCGCCUACGCAUUGUUGUUUCACGUGCGAUAUUCGGUCAAGACGUAUCUCUCGCUCUUUCCUCUCACCCUAGGGGUGAUUUUGGCGUGCAGCUCCGAUAUGUCUGUCUCCAACGCGAUCGGUCUCCUAUGCGCAUUCGGAUCUGCUCUUGUCUUCGUGAGUUCGAACAUAUUCUUCAAGAAGAUCAUGCCAUCUGGUUCCACCACAUCGUCUUCCUCACACAAGCUGGACAAGUUGAACCUCCUAUUUUACUCCUCGAGCAUGGCGUUUGUUUUGAUGAUUCCUAUAUGGGCGUAUUAUGACCUUCCUGUACUCUUGGCAGCGGUCAACGACCCCGAGCAUGUUGCGCACCCCUCUCAUGGCCACUCGCAUCACUCGGUUGUCUACGACUUUUUUGCCAACGGGACAGUUCAUUUCGCACAGAACAUUAUUGCAUUCAUCCUCCUUGCUCAGACGUCCCCCGUCACGUAUAGCAUCGCAUCCCUUAUCAAACGUGUUGCCGUCAUUUGCAUUGCCAUUGCGUGGUUCGCACAGCCUGUUAAGCUUAUCCAGGCAUUUGGCAUCGCACUCACGUUCGCAGGACUGUACAUGUACAACCAGGCCAAGGGCGACGUCGAGCAGGGAGAGCGGAGUAUGCGUCGUGUCGAAGCUGCGCGUGCGUUCGAGCUACCUAGCAUUAGAGCUGACGUUACGCCUCUCUCGAGCCCUCCACCUGCUGUGACCGUCGAAUUCAAUGUGGCGGACGCCACAGCAUCCGGAUACGGUCGACCCCGAGCGCGGCCCGCUGCGGUAUCCCAAUCGUCGUCACCCUAUGCUAAUCGCGCAUCGCUUCCCAAAGCGCCAUCGCUUCCACCACGUUCGAAUCAGACGCAUCGCCCGCACCCGCUCUCCUACUCGCAGACACACAAUGCCCCCAACCUCCGUAUACAGAUUACGCCAGUUGUCCCUGCUCAUGCGAAUGCAAAUGUGAACACAAAAACCGAUCCGGCAGCAUCCCCCAUUGAUCUGUACCCAUCACCCCCGCCCUCGCUUGACUCACCACCCACGGAAGAACCUACUCAUUCAGGAGUGAGUGAGUGGAUUGCGCAUCGCCAGGGCCCAAUGGCCACUGGACAUCAGCCGCCCCGACAAUAUGAAACGGCCGCGCCGCAAGCCGCAAUGGUGCUCUGA